CGCGUCAGUCACCGUUCGUGGUUUGGAAGUGUCACAGGACGGUCUCUCGGGGCUUAGAGUCUGCAGCCUACAUCAAGUGCGACUCCCUCUGUUAUCUCUUUGAAGUGUUUGUUGAUUCAGUCAGUGUCACGACCUUGGUUCCAGAGAGCGAGUGUUUGUCUUGGGUGUUUGGGUUGAAAUCCUUCGCCCGAGUCACCAGGUUCGCGAGUGUAGGGAAAGGCUCUCGUAUGUUUGAUCCUCGUCCUUUCGAAGGUGAUGAUAGGAGUAACAUGGCUGCUGCUGGGUGCGGUGCUAGCCCUUUUUUGGGCAUACUCGUGGUGGAAACACAGAUACUGGGCAACAAAGGGCGUGCCCACUCCACCUAUGGCCCCCUUCAUCGGUCAUGCGCACAAAUUGCUUCUCCCAGUUAAAAGAUAUAACUUUGAAAGAGAGGCCUAUUUCAAGUAUGGUGGAUCAAAAUUAUGUGGUAUCUACUCCUUCCACGAGCCAUUGUUAUUGGUGGGCGAUCCCGAAAUCAUGAGGCACAUUUACGUGAAGGACUUUGACCACUUUAUGGACAGACGGACCUUUAACAUGCCGAACAAGAAGGACGAAGUAAUGGCCAACAUGUUGACUAUGAAGACAGGUGAAGAGUGGAAAAAACUGAGAGCCAUCAUGUCUCCCACUUUCACGUCCGGCAGAAUGAAGGGGAUGUUCCCGCUCGUGUGCGAGAAGGCCGACCAACUCGUCUCCUUCUGCCUCAAGGAAGCUCGCACCAAGCCCUUUGUCGACAUGAAGUAUAAUUUUGGCCGCUACACCAUGGACACAAUCGCCUCCUGUGCCUUUGGUAUUGAAUGCAACUCACUAGUGGAUGAAAAGCCAGAAUUUGCUGAAAAAGUUGACUCUUUUUUCAGAAUUACACCGGGACUAAUAUGGAGACUUGUUUUCCUGUCUGUAUUUCCUAAACUUGCCAAGUUAUUAAAAAUGAGGUUUUCAAUACCAGAAACUGAUUUCUUUACGGAAGUUGCUCGUGAGACCAUGCGAGCAAGGCAAAGUGGGAAUAAAAGGGGAGACUUUUUGGAUCUGUUGCUAGAAGCUGAAGUUUCCUCUGGCGAUGCUGAAGGAAUCUCAGCAGUGCAGGAUGACAAUAAAUCAUUCAAGUCUAAGCAGGCCCUGGAUGAACUUACCAUCAUCUCCCAAAGUGUCUUGUUCCUGGUCGCCGGUUACGACACCACAGCCUCCACGCUGGCCUUCGCGUCCAUCCUACUUGCCAAGCACCCAGAGAUCCAGCAGCGCCUUCGUCAGGAGAUGAGUGAAAUGGUCGAGGAACACGGCGACAUAACCUACCAGGGGAUCAUGGAAGCCAAAUAUCUUGAUGCUUGUGUCAUGGAAACCCUUCGCCUGUACCCACCGGGGCUUUUCCUGGAGCGCAAGUGUAUAAAGGAAUACAAGAUCCCCGGCACAGACGUGACCAUCGAGCCUGGCUUAGUGGUGACAUGUCCACUCUUUCAAAUCCAUCGGGACCCGAAGUACUGGCCCGAGCCCGAGGUGUUCCGCCCCGAGCGCUUCCUACCGGAGAACAAGGCGAACAUCACCCACCUCACGCACAUACCCUUCGGAAUCGGACCCAGGAACUGUAUAGCGAUGAGAUUCGCCCUCAUGGAAGCCAAAGUAGGUCUGGCCAAGAUGAUCCUUGCCUCAGACAUAAAGUUGGCACCCGGACACGAAGAGAUCAAGAUUGACUUUGGCUUGGGUUUGCUGAGGCCAAAAGAUGGGGUUAAUCUUCUCUUGACCCCUUUGAAAGAAGAGUGAAAAGGAAAGGAGGGAGAGUGAGUGAGUGAGUGAGUCAUUCUUGAACACAGAAGAUCACAAGGUCAAGGUUGAGAAAGGGCAGAGAGGAAGGCAAAUGUAUACGGUGUAUUUAUGGGAUUCUUAACUAUAGAAGGGGGACUUUGCAGCAAUUGUCUAAAAUCUUCGUAUGUUGGAAAGUAAAUUUUAAUCCUCUAUUUGUUAGCAAUUAAUGUAUUUUCGCUCUAACACUGGAAAGAAAGUUGAAAGUAAAUUGAGGGUAGUGAUAAUGGUAAUGAUAGUAAUGAUAAUAAUAAUGAUAAUGAUAAUGGUGACCAUAAUAAUAAUAAGAAUAAUGAAAGUAAUAAUAAUGGUAAUAUUAGCUUUCCCUUUCUGUAUUAAAAAUUAACUAAAUGAAAGAUGGAAAAAAAAUAAUUGGAAAGCACUAGCAUAGAUGUUAAGACGAAAACAUAAAGGUUAAGAUCAAUAAAAAAAAACUUUCGGUAAUGUAAAAUAUUUUUCGCCAGAUAUAAGAAAUCUAAUUUUUAGUCCAGCAAUAAUUUUAUGUUUGGUAGAAUGCAGAUAUUAUGAAGAUUAAGAAUCGAUAUUAUUCAGGCCUUUCAGUAUUUUCUUUAAUAUAUUUUCAAUGAUAAUGUAGAUUAUGUUAAAUCGUUGGAGACCAUACCCGUUUCUACAAAUAAAAUCUAUCACAGUUAAUUUCUUCAUUGUGAUAUUGAUAUAAAAAGAGAAUAAAAUAAUAAUAAAAAGAGAAUAAAAUAAUAAUAUAAAAAGAAUAAAAUAAUAAUAAAAAGAGAAUAAAAUAAUAAUAAAAAGAGAAUAAAAUAAUAAUAAAAGAGAAUAAAAUUAUAAUAAAAAGAGAAUAAAAUUAUAAUAAAAGGAAAAUAAAAUAAUAAUAAUGAUAAUAAUAAUAAUCAACAAAUAAAUAGAUAAAAUAGCCAUACGUGCUUUUAACCUUUUCGAACUGACAAAAAGAAACAAAUUGACGGAUCCUGUUGUUUUCUCUUUAUCAGGGUAUAUUUCCGUUCCACAUAACUUUCACUGAAAUGUUUCCGGUUUUGCAUCGUUCGCUUUGACGACGAAACCAAAACGCCAAAGUAGCGGUGAUUUCUAAUGAUAUAGAUAACAAUAUAAAAGAAAUUGAUAUUUAUCUAAGUCUAGGUCAAAAGAUGUAUUCAAGUAAUUUUGUUCUGAAGUACAAAUGAGGAAGUGAUACAAAUAAUGCUUGUAAUAAAUAAAAACAGGACAAGUUCUUUC